AUGGCAGGCAAAGAGCUCCCGCUUAGGCGACGGCUGCGGGCGUUUGGAUGCCGGGUUCAUCUGACCAUGGGGGUGGCACUGCUUGGCAUUUGGUGCUCGGGUCUGCUUUUUGCCGACGUGGCGAAGUCUGCGACAGCCUCGGAAGCGCCGGGCGAUAGAGCUCUGUCCAGGGAGCCAAGAGGUCGAGGAAGGCUGAGAAGAAGAAGGUCACCUGAGGGACCUGCCGUCUCCGUCGAGAAUCAGGGACGUUUACGUGACUUGGAGCAGCUUGCCCCAAACUCCUUGGAAGCAAAAAUGGCUGCUGAAGACGUUCUGAAGCAGCCGGAGCUUCUCACAAGGGUCAAGGAGUCUCAGUCUUUCAUCGCGGCGUUUGGCCGUCUUCAGCUGUGGCAGGAAGCUCUCCGUCUUCUAGAAGCAAAGCGCACGGGCACCAGAAGCCGCGGCGAUGUGGUGCUGACAAACGCAGCCAUGGUUGCCUGCAGCCAAGCCGGGGAGUGGGAGACCGUGCUAGCGCUGCUGUCUGGAGCACUAGCUCCUGACAUGGUCUCUUACAACUUGGCAAUGUCAGCCAGUUGCAACGCACGUGAAUGGCAGAGGGUCCUAAUGUUGCUCGAUGACAUGAAUGCGGCUAAAAGACGCUGGGACUUCUCUACCUACAACACCACCAUCACAGCCUGCGCACAGGGACGUCAGUGGGAACGAGGUGUUAGCACACUGAGCAACAUGCUCCAGGUCGACUUGCAACCUACUUGGGUUUUGUACAAUCUGGGCAUAAUCCUUGCCGGCGAGGGCUCUUUGUGGAGGACGGCAAUGGGAUACCUUGAGGAUAUGUGGGCUCGAGUAGUCAUGCCCGAUGCCUUGACUUACAGUUCUGUCAUCUCCGUUUGUGAGAAAGCUGGUCAAUGGGCAGAAGCUGUUCAGCUGGUAUGCAGCAUGCGCAAGAAGGGCCUUCCUGUAAAGGAACAAACUCUGCUUUCUGCGGUGCGAGCUUGUCAAAAGGCAGGGAAGGAAGCCUUUGCUGAAGAGACCUUCCCGGAGCUUGCGUUGGACAUGCAGUAA